AGUUUUCAACUUUCGUAAAGAUGAAUUACACCUUUUCAUACCUUGUUAUCCUUUUUGGAUUUCUUUCUCUAUUUGUAAGAUAUUCUAAUAAUCAGAAAACUUUUGGAAGCUUUUUUAAAUUUACAAAAGUUUCAUCGACGAAUAAUGAUUUGUUCAGUUGUGAUAAAAAUUAUGAUGCUUGCAUAAAAAUUGGUACUUUUGACCCUGACAAUUUACAAACUCAAGCCUUAGAAUCGCUGUCAGUUGGAAAUACUUUGAAUAAUAUAAAUUACUGCGAUUUCUUACCCUGCAAAAAUGGUGGAACUUGCAGGAAAGUGGAUUCUGAAAACGGCUACAAGUGUGAUUGCAAAAUUGGCUAUAAAGGAGAAAAUUGCCAAAAUGACCCUUGUAAUCCGUCUCCUUGCCAGAAUGGAGCAACAUGUACCAGAGUACCUUCGUUACCUCACGGUUUCUCAUGUGCCUGUCUAACGGGAUUCUACGGAAGAUCAUGCGAACGAGAUGGCUGCAACCCUACACCCUGCCUAAAUGGAGGAACCUGCGUUAGAACAGAUUCAAAUGGGGCAAAUUUCAUUUGUCAAUGUCCCAGCUAUACUUUAGGAGAUCACUGCGAAAGAAGUCCUUGUAGCCCAAAUCCUUGCCAACAUUCCGGAAUUUGCCAAAUUGAUUUAAAUGUGUGUAACCCAAGUCCUUGCUAUAAUCGGCAAAAAUGUGUCAAGAAAUUAGCAACAGAGAAUGCUAACCUUUACGGAUGCGAUUGUUCGAGAGGCUUCAUUGGCUCAAGUUGCGAACUAGACGCAUGCGACAAUCAUAAUUGUAGUAGAGUUGGUGGAUACUGCAUUAGAUUAGACUAUCCCCACUUUCAAUGUGGAUGUUACGAUGGUUUCUCCGGAGAGAUUUGCAACCACGAUAAGUGUGAGUCAAAUCCGUGUCAAAAUGGAGGAGUUUGUAGUCAAACUACGAAAGGAUACAAAUGUACAUGUCCUCAGCCAUUUUUUGGAGUAAACUGCGAAUAUGAGUUUUGCAAACAAAAUCCGUGUAAAAAUAAUGCAACAUGUAAUAGGACGUCAGAUGAGAUCGGAUUUAAAUGUUCUUGCCCAGACGGCUAUUUUGGAAGAUUAUGUAAAAAUGAUUCUUGUGGCGUAAACCCAUGCGAAAAUAAUGGAACAUGCAUGAGAAAACCGGAAGGAAAAUUUAAUUGCUCUUGCCUACAAGGAUUUUAUGGAGACUUAUGCGAAAAGAAUAUAUGUAGUCCCAAUCCUUGCUCAAAUAAUGGACGCUGUACACCUACUAAUGGAGGCUUCAAUUGCUCUUGUAACAAUAAUACUUACGGACGUCUUUGUGAAAUAGGUCCCAUAGAAUCAGUUUUCCAAGAUAAAAAAGCUGAAAACUUGUCUAAAUGGUUAGAAUGCCCCAAAAAUUUCACUCUAAAGGCUAUCUUUACACAUAAACAGAAUUUUUCAAACAAUUUAAACUACACUAUUCAAGCUGUGUACAACAUGGGUAUCGCGUGCUUAACAAGUACAGGAAAAUAUUUAAUAAAGCAAUUUUUGCCUGGAGUUAAUCAAACUUCAAACUCAACACUGUUAUCGUGUAACGAAGAAGAUUCUCUUAAGGCACUAAAAAUGUCUGUUAAUUCGGAUAUGAUAACAGAAAUCCUACCACAUUGUGGCGGAGAUAAUGAUUUAGGCCUUUAUCACAUUGUCAAAUGUGAGGCUAAUAAAGAAGUUUUCGCAAUUCAAAUAUCCUUUUCAAAAAACUACGAUAAUCAGAGUACUAGAGCUAUAAAUAACUUAAGGUUUAUUUGCCGUUAA